GAAAAAGUGGGACAUGGUGAAGCGUGAGUACACGCUGGAGUACAAUCGGGAGGAGGAGGAUGAUAUCCAUCCUGUGCAAAAGUAUCGUACUCGUAUAAAUGCCAGACUAGCAUGACAAAUCUGGUUUCUUAGGUAAUUGAGCAUGACAAAUUCAAUUUUUCAUGCUGAGGAAAUUUGUAAUCCAUUUAUAGAGUAGGGUACGAUACUUUUGCAGUUCAUAGAUGACGUUGCCGCGGGAAGGCAUUUGCAGAAAGUGAAUCUGAUUUGUGUCAAGGUUUAAAGAUCAUAACGUUCGUGUUUAAGAAGCAUUAUUUUCUUUCACUCAGGAACGAGAAGUACUGCUACAUGUACAUUCACAUUCAAGAAGUGGGGUUUGUUUCCUAGUUUUCAUAAAUUUUUUUGCAUCCUUUGAGUUGAUAAAGUUAUUUGCGUUUCGCUUUCGGAUUUUUUUUUUGAUCACUUCGUCGUACUACCUAAAAUAUGAACAGCUUGCUACCUACAUGACUUUCAGUUUCAACAUUAUACCACAUUUUUGUAUUGUUCAUUCAUCACUUAUUUUCGAGGCUUUCCUGUUUAGCAAGAAUUAGAAUUACACCGCAUCUUCGUACGUUUUCAAAAUUUUCUGUUGUAACAGUUGCAGUUGGGUUUUCUUUUU